AUGCCCGCCCCCGAGGCUCCCGACGAGGCCGACGAGCCGUCCUCCCGCCCGAGCAAGCGUGCCCGCCUCGCCUCAGAAAGUGACGACGAGAUGGACCUCGACUGGGUCGAGGUCGUCCACGGCCCAGCGGACAACACCGAGCACGAGUUUAACGCCCCUAACACCACCACCGCCGAGGUCCCCGAGGAGCCCACGUCACCGUGCACGAUGGCCAAGAUUACCGGCACUACGUGCAGCCCGUGUCGCGGCCACACACCCCGCGAGCUCCUCCAAUCCCGCCUCGCGGCCUUCAACGCCGCCCUCGCCACCCACGAGCAGAACCCACACGCCGCCCUCAUCCGCGCGCGAGCCGAGGCCGGACUCGUCACGAUCGCAGAGUACGCAGCGUGGUUCGACCGCGUCCUGCACAAGCGCACCGUCGCGACGGAACACCUGGUGCGAAACACGCCUAUCGCCCUCGGGCACUUCUACGCCGCCGUGGGCCGCGCUCGCGCUGCCUACGUCGCCUCGCUGGACGACAAGAUGCGCGACUACCUCGACGUGCUCGCAUGCGCUCUUCACUCGGCUACGACUAUGGAGAUGGGGCUUGUCGGUUUCGAGCUCGCCCUCGCGGGAUUCAUGAUGGCGUUUGAGCGGCGGGCGCGUGACGAGCAUUCUCGGCACUUGCGCAGGCUGGAGAGCAGCACCAAGACGAUCCGGACUGCGCUUGCGAGGAUGAAGCGCGGGGGAGCGGCGUAG